AUGUUCGGGUCGCUGGGAUUCGGCUCGUCCGCAUUCUCCAAUCAGUCCAAUCCAUUUGCAACGUCAUCUUCUUCCAAAUCUUCGUCUGGCUUUGGGUCAGGCAGUACAAACAUCAACAAUAAUGGCUCUGCCUUUGGUGGCUCAGGGUUCGGAGGGUCAUCACUAGCAACGAAUAAAACGUCAGGUGGGGGGUUUGGCAGUGCUGGAUUCGGUAGUGCUGGAUUUGGCAGUGCUGGAUUCGGCAAUACUGGAUUUGGUGGAUCGAAUCCUGCCGUGAAAAAUGCAACGGGAAGCUCAGGAUUUGGAAAUUCAAGUUUUGGGAACGCAGGGUUCGGCAACCCCAACUCGUCCGGUUCAGCGUUUGGCAGCUCGGCGUUUGGCAGUUCAGCAUUUGGCAGCUCAGCGUUUGGCAGCUCCGGCUUUGGCAGCUCUGGAUUUGGUAGUUCUGGUCUUGGAAACUCGAGCACGGCAAAGCUGGCUUUUGGGAGCCUGGGUAGUGGGAACUCAGGUUUUGGCAAUUCGGGCUUUGGCAACCCAAACUCGAGCACCUCCGCGUUUGGCAGCUCGAGCUUUGGCAAACCCAACGUGGCGAGUUCGGGCUCGACAAAUUCAGGAUUUGGCAGCUCGGGCUUUGGAAAUGCCGGUUUUGGAGGUUCUGCGUUUGCCAAUGCAAAUGCAAACACGAACAACAACGCAGGGCCCAACAACGUGAGUUCUUCUGGUAACUCUGCGUUUGGCGGCUCUGGUUUUGCUAAAUCGCCUUUUGGUAGUACUGCUACUGGUAAUCUGCCGUUUUCAUUGUCGGGCGGCACACUGCAAACAAACGUUUUUGCUCAGCCUCCCAAAACUACUGCUCCAACAGGGUUUGGCGCUCAACAGUCGACAAUGAAUAACCCGUUUUCGACAUCUACCAUUGUUGGAACCCAAAAUCAAGGUGCUUUUGGUAACACUACUGCUGCUUCUUCUUCUUCAGCAACGCCAUCUCGACCUUUUGGAAGUGCAGCGCGACGAGAACCCACAUUUUCUUUCACAGGACAACAAGCGAGUCAAGCGACAGGGCCCACAGACACGGAUGUGAAUAUUGAUCUGAUGGAAAGUUCUGUCUCUCCAGACUCUCCAAUUAUUGCUGGUGGUGCUACACAGAAUAUUGAUCAAAGUCUCAUACAGGCAUUUCGAGCGGACUCUUUCCAACUUGGAAAAGUUCCAGAUAUUCCUCCUCCGAAAGCUUUAUGUGUCUAA